AUGGCUGGUCCAAGGCACGGCGAUAGAGGCACCCCGCCACCACUUGACCCAAAACUGGGACUGAGGGCAAGCCCGUCACCAAAACAGCAACUGUGGCACUUCUCGAGAGGGAUAUCUUUCGCGGCUACGGCUAGCGCUCCAUCAACCCUCCCAGCAGCUUCGCCAGUAUCGCAGGUCGCAGCAGCGACCCCAAUGCGUCAGUCUGUGGUCUUGAGCACGGCAUCGACAUUGCAAGUGCAGCCAGUCACAACUGACGAAGCGCCUACUGUGGACGAAGUGUCUAAACAGCCUGGUCCGUCCGAUGCGAAGGAUGAAUCCCGGUCAAGACCACCUCAACCCUUGCUGGACUUUAGGAUAAGCGAGGAUGCCUUCUAUGCCGCCAAAAAGGCCAUGAAGGGCACUCCCGAGUCCUUCUGGUCGUACAAUAUGUACCGUGGUCCGCCCAAUGAGUCUGGCGAAGAACAGAAGGUCAAGAUCCAUUACUGCCGCAGCAAGCACACCAUGGAGCGCGUAUGUCAAGAUUACUUCAUGGACGAGGAAGUCAUCGGGUUCGACCUCGAAUGGGCACCCGAAGCGAUGAAGUUCCAAGGUCCGCGGAAGAACGUGUCCCUCAUCCAGCUCGCCAGUCCGAGCCGCGUUGCACUUUUUCAUACGGCCAUCUUCAGCGACAAGGACAUUGCCUCACUGGGUCCCAACUUUCGCCAUAUAAUGGAGAGCCCGGAUAUCCUCAAGACUGGUGUGGCGAUCAAGGGUGAUGCCACGAGACUGCGCAACUUCUUCGGCAUCGACUCUCGGGGUCUCAUGGAGCUCAGUCACUUGUACAAGCUGGUCACAUUCUCCCCGCGUGGUGAGUACAAGUCCAUCAACCGGAGGCUCGUACCGUUGGCGCUCCAGGUUGAGGAGAUUCUCCACCUUCCACUGUACAAGGGGCAGGAUGUUCGCGGGAGCGACUGGUCGAAACCACUCUCCAUGGAACAAAUUAUAUAUGCUGCUUCAGAUGCUUACGCAGGCCCCCACCUCUUCGCAACCCUGGAGCACAUGAGGGUAGAGCUUGACCCGUGCCCACCACGGCCACAUCCGGCGGAGAGCAAUCUGCCAAUCCGCAUUGCUAAGGAUGUUGAGCUCCCUACCAGUGACGAGCUCCAGGAUGAUGAUGUCAAAGACAAUGCCGUGUGCAAGGACACAACCGUCUCGGCCGAGUACGUGAGCUCCGUGUUGGAAAGCAUAACCAUUGAAGAAGAGCAAGUGUUUGUUGAAGUGCAGACAAAGACUCCGGGCAACACCAAACCCAAGAAAACGGCACCAGUCCGGCGAACACGUCCACGUGAUUCGAAAGACGGUUGGCUUGUAUGA